CGUGCAGCAACCGCAGGUAAGAGAGAAGCCUGGGUCGCCGUCGUGGGAGGAGGACCGCUUGGGGACAGCAGAAAUUCUGCCCUGCCCUCCCGGGAGCGCUUUCCCGCGGUCAAACCCCAUUCACAGGUGGCCAUGACCUCACUGCCCACGCGAAACUCCAGGGUACCUGACUUGUUUUCUGGGUUGCCUCCAGUGGCCUCAACUCCGACCAACCAGAGUGCAGAGGCCUCAGUGGGCAAUGGGUCUGUGGCAGGUCCCGGUGCUCAGGCCGUCACGCCGUUCCAGAGCCUGCAGCUGGUGCACCAGCUGAAGGGGCUGAUCGUGCUGCUCUACAGCGUCGUGGUGGUCGUGGGGCUGGUGGGCAACUGCCUACUGGUGCUGGUGAUCGCGCGGGUGCGCCGGCUGCACAACGUGACCAACUUCCUCAUCGGCAACCUGGCCUUGUCCGACGUGCUCAUGUGCGCCGCCUGCGUGCCGCUCACGCUGGCCUAUGCCUUCGAGCCACGCGGUUGGGUGUUCGGUGGCGGCUUGUGCCACCUGGUCUUCUUCCUGCAGCCGGUCACCGUGUAUGUGUCGGUGUUCACGCUCACCACGAUCGCCGUGGACCGCUACGUCGUGCUGGUGCACCCGCUGCGCCGGCGCAUCUCGCUGCGCCUGAGCGCCUACGCCGUGCUGGCCAUCUGGGCGCUGUCCGCGGUGCUGGCGCUGCCCGCCGCCGUGCACACCUACCACGUCGAGCUGAAGCCGCACGACGUGCGCCUCUGCGAGGAGUUCUGGGGCUCCCAGGAGCGCCAGCGCCAGCUCUACGCCUGGGGGCUGCUGCUUGGCACCUACCUGCUCCCCCUGCUGGUCAUCCUCCUGUCCUAUGUCCGGGUGUCGGUGAAGCUCCGGAACCGCGUGGUGCCAGGCUGCGUGACCCAGAGCCAGGCCGACUGGGACCGCGCACGCCGCCGCCGCACCUUCUGCUUGCUGGUGGUGGUCGUGGUGGUGUUCGCCGUCUGCUGGCUGCCACUGCACGUCUUCAACCUGCUGCGGGACCUCGACCCGCACGCCAUCGACCCCUAUGCCUUUGGCCUGGUGCAGCUCCUCUGCCACUGGCUGGCCAUGAGCUCCGCCUGCUACAAUCCCUUCAUCUACGCCUGGCUGCAUGACAGCUUCCGCGAGGAGCUGCGCAAGCUGUUGCUCGCCUGGCCCCGCAAGAUCGUGCCCCACCGCCAGAGCGUGACAGUUAGCGUGGUCAUCUGACGUCCCUGUGCGAGGCUUGGGCUGGGGAGCUCCACGUCCCUUGGCCUCUGAGGUCACUACCCGAGGUCACACUGGAGACCUUAAUUCCCGGCACCAGGACUAAGCUAGCAUAGCUAGCCCUCUUGUCCAGCUGCCUGUCUUGUUUUUGUGUUUUUGUCAAUUGUUAAGUGAACUUUGGU